CACCUUGUAAUAUCUCGUGGCGGCGGAGGCGGCAGUGGAGGAGGAGGAGGGUUGUCAUUGUUGCAGCAGUGAUUGUCCUUUCUUUUCUUUUUCUUUUUUUUUUCUUCUUCUUUUGCCACAGUCUUCUUCAUCCUCUUCCCGCUCGCCCCUCCUCACUCCUUAUCCCUCUGCAACUGGCAACCGCUGGGCUCUCCCCCUCCUCUCUUUUCUUACUUCUGUCCCCCUUUUUUCUGAGGAGGGAUUUCUGUAUUUCAUCAGGGAUUGUAGAAGACAUGUCUCACUGGGAAUGAUGGUGUUGACACUGGUGCCCCCCUCCCUGUCGCCAUGACGAUGCCAUUCAGCCCCCUGUCCAGCGACGAGGAGCAACAAAGAAUGCUGGGAAACAAUCGACAUCUCUAUCCAGGGGCAGAGGACGAGGAAGAGGAGGAGGAAGAAGAGGAGGAGGAAAUGGAAGAGGAUGAGCGCGAUGAGGACGGGGAGGAGGAGGAGAAUGGCGAGCUGGAGGGGGAGGAGGAAGAUGACGAGGAGGAGAUGGUGGAGGAGGUCAGGCGGGGAGGCCUGUCGAGGGGGGGCAGAAGUGAUGGACACAGGCAGGCAGGGAAACUGGCUGCACGGCCCGGUGGGGACAGACAGAUCCGGCCAGGGAACCCUGGGCACACCGCUAACCCCUAUUCAUCCAACCCUGGACCCACACACCAACAGCCAGCCAAUCAGAUACAGCAGCAGCAGCCGAGGAGGCUGAAGGAGCGCAGCACCGGCUCGGUGCCAUCUGAGGACACCCACAUCGCCAUGAUGGUGUUUCGCAUUGGGAUCCCAGACAUUAAGCAAACGAAAUGUUUGCGGUUCAACCCAGAUGCCACCGUGUGGAAGGCAAAGCAGCAGGUGCUGUGCUCCCUCACCGAGUCGUUGCGGGACGUCCUGAACUACGGUCUGUUCCAACCGGCCACCGACGGCCAUGACGCCAAGUUCUUGGAGGAGGAGAGGCUGCUCAAAGAGUACCCACAGUCCUUUGAGAAAGGGGUGCCAUAUUUGGAGUUUCGAUACAAGACCAGGGUGUACAAACAGACCAAUCUGGAUGAGAAGCAGCUGGCCAAACUGCACACUAAGGCCAGCCUGAAAAAGUUCAUGGAUUAUAUCCAAACCACUGCUGUGGACAAGAUGGUCAAGUUCUUAGACAAGGGCCUCGACCCCAACUUCCAGGACGGGGACACCGGCGAGACUCCUCUGUCCCUGGCUGUGCAGUGUGAGCCAGGUGGAGGUGAGUCCAUCCGCGUCCUCGCCGAGGGAGGGGCUCAUAUUGACUUCCGUGCCAAAGAUGGACUCACACCGCUACACAAGGCUGUUCGAGGCCACCGCCAUACAGCCCUGCUGGUCCUCCUGUCUCUGGGAGCGUCUCCGGACUAUAAGGACCGACGAGGGCUAACGCCGCUCUACCACACUGUGCUGACAGGGGGCGACACCUCCUGCUGCGAAACACUGCUUUACCACCACACCAAGCUGGGCAUCAGGGAUGAGAACGGCUGGGACGAGACACACCAGGCCUGUCAGCAUGGCAACUCGCAGCAUUUGGAGCACCUCCUCUUCUAUGGGGCCGAUUCCUCCUCCCAGAAUGCCUCUGGAAACACUGCCUUGCACAUCUGUGCUUUAUACAACAAGGAAAGCUGUGCACGAAUUCUGCUCUACCGGGGAGCAAAUAAAGACACCAAGAACAACAGUGGGCAGACCCCGUUUCAGGUGGCUGUCAUGUCCGGCCAUUUUGAACUGGGAGAAAUAAUUAAAAACCACCGGGAUACAGAUGUGGUUCCCUUUGUGGAGUCUCCAAAGUACGCCCCCCAGAGGCGAGAGAGCGCCCGCACGCUGACGAUACCCCACCCUCAUCCCUUCCUGCGGGCCAACAGCGACAGCAGCAUGAACCUGCCGGACUGGAUGGCAGUGCCCAACGCUCCGUCGACCAACAUCGUCUCCGUGCAGGGCUAUAAACACACUGGUACCCUGCGGAGCUCCAGUAGUCCCAGAGGAGCGAGGACACGUUCCCCGUCAAGAGGGAGGAUCGGUGACAAGGAGGACCGGAGCAGGCAGAGUCGGAGGCAGGGGCCUGCUCCUGCCAGCACCCCCACGCAAACGGCAGGGCAGCGGCGACGCCUGUACAGCGCCGUCCCAGGACGAGUCUUUGUCGCCACUCGAGCGCACUCUGCACAGGGAGAGCGAGAAAUCAGCUUCAGUAAGGGGGACAGGGUCAAAGUGUUGAGUGUUGGCGAGGGUGGUUACUGGGAGGGGACGGUCAGAGGUCGCACAGGCUGGUUCCCCUCCGACUGUGUGGAGGAAGUGAUGCUUCGGAGCCAAGACAACCGAUCAGAGAGCCGUGGAGAAAGAGCCAAACGGUUGUUCCGUCAUUACACGGUGGGAUCCUACGACAGCUUUGACGCUCCCAGUGACUACAUAAUCAAGGAAAAGUCGGUGCUUCUGCAGAAAAAAGACAGCGAAGGCUUCGGCUUUGUGCUGAGAGGAGCCAAAGCUCAGACUCCUAUCGAGGAGUUCACUCCAACCCCAGCCUUCCCCGCCCUGCAGUACCUGGAGUCAGUGGACGAGGGAGGAGUGGCCUGGAGAGCUGGUCUGAGGAUGGGGGAUUUCCUGAUCGAGGUCAAUGGUCAGAAUGUGGUUAAAGUUGGACACCGGCAGGUCGUCAACAUGAUCCGGCAAGGUGGCAACAGCCUCAUGGUCAAGGUUGUCAUGGUAACCCGCAACCCAGACAUGGAGGAAGGUUCGAGGAAGAAAAUUCCCCAGCAGAGUAAGAGGCUGAGCACUCCCGCCAUCGCCCUGCGAUCCAAAUCCAUGACCUCCGAGCUGGAGGAGAUGGUGGAGCGAGCUGCUACCCCUUGGAAAAAAAAAUCAGAAUUCGAAUCCUCCCAAGUUACAGAGAAGAAGAGGACAGUCUAUCAGAUGGCUUUGAAUAAACUCGAUGAAAUUCUUGCAGCAGCCCAGCAGACAAUCAGCACCAAUGAAGCGCCUGGGACACGGGGACAGGGGCCAAAAAGAGACAGAGGGCGAAGCUUCUAUGGCAAUGAGCAAAAUUACGGGGACCAGUCCGGGAUGGGGAUGAUGUCAUCAGGCUUGGGCCUCGGCUACGACCGUGGACAGUAUGCCUCAGGUCACGGCCCACCGCACGGUAUGAGACGGCAGAAAUCCAUCGGGGUGCCUGAGGAGGAGAGGAAGUUCCUGCAUCCUCCAAACGUGAAGUUUGCACGCAGUCUUUCGGUGCCUGGCCCAGAUGACAUCCCCCCUCCUCCUACCACUGCUCCACCAGAGCCUCCCUUCUCCUCUGCUCCACCACUAGGCUGGAGAGCCAAGUCUUCUCAGCAGCCCUCUGUCUCCGUGUCCCAGUCCACAUCCACCUCUGCGCACUACCAGCCCUUCUCCCAGUCAGUGCACUUCACCCAAAGUGGCAGGGAGAGGGCAGGUGCUCCCCCCACCGGCCCCAUUGGAGGAGCGGUCGACCACACAACCUCAUAUUCAAAUGCUGCUGCCCACACGUCUCAAAGCAGGACUGCUUCGCGGAAGGUUGCCUAUACUGGGGAGCCUGUUGGAGCUGGCAUUGGAGCUGGUGGAGGGGCAAAGGCGGGGGGUCUUAGGAGAGGCUACAGCAGCGCUGUCCCCCCAUCCAGCAUUGCCACUGUAAUGCCCCAGCAACAACAGACUACCCAGAGUCACCCCCAGCGAGUAGACCGCAGUGCAGCUGGAGCAGGGGGUCCUAAAGGCGGAGCCCGGAGAGGUAAGGGCCCCCUGGUGAAGCAAUCCAAGGUAGAUGACCUGCGUGCGGGCCAAGGUACACUGGGGGGAAAAGGCUCGGUGGAGAAAAGUUCCAUCCCCAUCCCCACCAUUAUUGUCAAGGCUCCUUCAACCAGCAGCAGUGGACGCAGCAGCCAGGGCAGCAGUGUGGAGGCUGAUGCUCCAGCACCAGGGGAGACGGAUGAAAGCAAAACACCCCACGGUCCACCACCCUCCACUCCUGCUCCCCAACCCCCUGCUCCGCCUUCCAUUCCAGCUCCGCCGCCUCCAUCUUUGCCUUCUAUCCGCGCCCAAGAAAACCUGGACUUUACCAGCCAGUUUGGGGCUGCCAUUGUUGGCGCAGCUCGCCGAGACAGAGAACGAUUUCACGAAGCCCGCAGAAAGAGUGCCUCCUUGUUUAUGUCUGCUGAGGAGGACGUGAGUCUUGGAGGAGUGAGUGAUGGAAUAGGAGCAAGGACUCAGGUGUCACAGCAACAGCUUAGCACACAGGCUGAAAGUACAUCCACACGGCUGCGCCCGUCCAAGUCUAUUGAUGAGGGCAUGUUCUCUGGGGACACCUUUAUCCAUCACACCCGCAGUAUGCCUCCGGCCUUUGGUCUACCUGAAUACUCCUCUUCUGCCCUGGAUUAUCAGCCUAAAUCUGUGCCUACUGACUUGUACACAGCAGCAGGCCGGCAGUCAGCCCCCUCCGCAACCACCACCUUUAUUCACCCACUAACAGGCAAGGCUCUUGACCCCACAUCGCCAUUAGGCCUAGCCCUCGCUGCCAGAGAGCGUGCUCUGAGAGAUGACAGCAGGUACAGGCGGGGAACAGAGCACCACUUCAGCCGCCAGAUGUCGAGUGUGGUGUAUCCUUCAUCUGCUGUCACCUCUCAGCCGGUGUCAUCUGUCGCUCAGUCCUCCAGCACCUCCUACCUUGUCACUUCGUCUUCUCUGGCUGCCACUACACCCACCGUUGGCCGCCCGCCGUCACCCAGAAUCCUCAGAGGAGUUGGGAGUAUGUGGGGUGAGGAGGGCAGCGGAGGAGAGAGGGAGCGGGAAGGAGGAGGGGCUCGCGAGGGGCUACGAGUUCGGUUCUCUGAGGACAAAACGGUCCACACGCACCACUACCAGUCUCAGCCGUAUCAACCCACCUACAAGGAGAGGGAGCGGGAGAGGUCAAGGGAACGGGACAGGGAGCUGUCAAGAGAAAGAGAGAGAGACAAAGAGAGAGAGGGUUACAUGAGGAGGGCAGAGCAGGCUGCCGCCAAUGCAGCGGCUGCUGAGAGCUCCGCCCAGCAGGGGUCUCAGUCUCAGCAGCCACAGAGGCCAUCUUUUCUCAGGAUGGAAAGUCAAUCUGAUGCCUAUAUCUUGUCCCUCACCCCUCCCUCUCCCCCACAUACCAGUUCUCAGCAGACAGCGAAGACUACUGGGAGCACUGGGACUGGUCUGAUGGUCCUCCCUCCCCCCGCCCUCUCAGUUGAUGCGGACGAUGGGUUUGUCUACGCCGAUCCCCUCCCACCUCCGUUAGAGUUUGCUAACAGCUUCGACAGGGGAAUAGGGGGGAUGUCAGCAUACGCAAAACACGGGAUGCUCCCAAACAGCCUGACCUCCCGCAGACAGCAGGUACCACCCCCUCCUCCCCCUCCUCCCCCACCGCCACCACCUCCACCCCCCCAAAAAGAAACAUUUGCAAGUGGGUUUCCUGCUCAUACGCCCCUGCCCUCACCUCAAGCAGGGGACUCCACCGCCUCCAGCCUCACAUCUUAUGACAGUGAGGUGGCUAACCUGACUCAGUCUGCUCACUCACCCUCCCAAACAUCACCCAACCCUCUGCCGCCUUCCUCACCCUCUACCCUGUGCCCCACCUCAACAGCAGGACCUCCCCCUCCCCCGUCAGUCUCACCACCGCUUCCUCCUGGAUCCUACCACAGACCCUUCUCUAUGUCACACCCCCACCACCUUUACAACAGCACUCAUGCUCCUGGGCGCUCUUCUCCCACGCCUCCCCUGCACACAGUUGCACCUCCCCCGUCCUACCGUGGACACCCAGCACCGUCCUCCACUGCUGCCACCUCUGCUCCACUUAGGGGCACUGCCUCCCAUGCCACGACCGCUAGCUGUGCCGCUAUAACCACCACUGCUGCCACCACAACAAGCACCUCCACUCAGCUCUACCAGGAGCGAACACAUACAACAUCCUCCGCCGCUAUCACAGGCAGUCGAAGGACCGGGGAGCACCACCGCACUCCUCCUGCUACCAAGAAAGGAGAGUCCCAGGAGACAGUGGUGGACUCUGGGAUUGAAGAGCUUGACAGCCGCAGCAGCAGUGACCACCACCUGGACACCAUCCUCUCUCUAAGUGGAGCCGGUGUCCGUGGUGACAGGCUGGACCGAGGGGAGAGGGGAGUUGGAGGACGUUUGGGGGGAGGCGGGGCAGGGGAGUCAGAGAGGGGAGGAGAUUUCCUGGAGUCCUACAUGAGCUACUUGGACGGACAGACUUUUGAGAUGCAGAACGCCACAGCAGUAGCUUCCACAUACCCAAAAGCUAACAGGUUCAGAGAGGGAGGUCGCGUUGGGGAUCUGCACAGACAGACCAGUACUGUUCCUGCAUCCUUCCACUCCCACCGACGACGAGACGAGCAGGAAGACGACGAGGUCGAGGAGGGAGUGGUAGAGGACGAACGUGGCCCGGAUGGGUACAGGGUGAGGGACAUGCAGACCAUGGGACGUCCCACUUCACCGUACUUUGAUCGACCACGCACGCCUGAGAUGAAGCCUCUCUGGGGCGAGGGGCAAGUGACCGGUGAUGGCAGCAGCCAGUCCGGGACACUUUUAGAGGGGAAGAGGAUUUACCCACCUGCAUCCAGUAUGAAGCCCAGCAUCAUCAAUGAGCUGAGCAGCAAACUGCAGCAUCGAACCAGGGAGAGCUGGAGCAGCCAGAGAACAUUGAGCAGACACAGAAGCAGAAACAGAUUUUCAGAAGACUCAGCCUCAGCCCUGAGCCCCCCCUCAGCCCGAUCCCAGUCCCCGUCUCCAGUCUCGAUGUCACAGCCAUCAUUGUCCCCGUCCCCCACGGCUGCCUCCCAGUACCACAACUGGGGGCGAUCCCCGUCUCCUCAGCCUCCAGCCGCCUCUCAGCCUCCGCGUUCUCAUUCUCCGCUGUCCCCGACAUCUUAUUCCCCUUACCCCACCUCCCCCAAACACAGACCUGUCUACCGGACCAAAGCCCUCGAAUUCCAGUUCAUCCCAAGUCGCGAGUCCCGUAAAGCAGAAUCACACAUACUCCAGCGCAGGCGAGCACCGAGCCCCCUCAUCUCCCCUUCAGAGAGGCCGAAGCUGGGCCCACCUCGUCCAUCCUCCCUUCCACUUCUCCCCACCACACCCCUAUACAGCGCCAUGUACGACCUCCGAGGUUCAAUUACCCCACCAUCGCCUGGAAACCCUCUCGGUGAUCCUUACUUCUCGCCUUCUCCUCCCCUUUUUGCCCCCUCUGGAGCCCCUCCUCCUCCAAACUCCGCUUUACUUGUUUCACGAUCCCUCUCUCCAACACAUUUCCUGUCUGGGACCUCAUCUCCCCCGCUGCAUCCUAUCCCUCCACCUACCUGCCUGAGUUACCCCCAUCUACCGCCCCCGUCCCCUACCAAGCCGUUUGCCUCCAAGCCGCUGCCCUACUGGACCAAGUAUGACGUUGCAGACUGGCUGGGAUACCUGAACCUGGGUGAGCACAGAGAGCGUUUCCUGGACAAUGAGAUUGACGGCACCCACCUGCCGUCGCUAACCAAGGAUGAUUUUCUGGACUUGGGCGUGACACGCGUUGGCCAUCGCAUGAAUAUAGAACGGGCCCUGAGGACUAUAAUGGACAGGCUGUCCAGCAGCCCCUUCCCCAUUUCUGUUCUCUCCCCUCGGGAAGGACAGACUGAGAGGAGGAGGGACGACGGGAGUCGGAGCUGAGUGUGGAAGUGCAGAGAUGAAAAGAAAGAGGAAGGAUGGAAGGAAGGAAGGAGGGGUUGGAGUCAAUGAGGGAGGAAGACACAACUGCUGCUGUUCAUGGUGGAUUCACACAACAAAUGAGGGGGGAACAGAUUUCACAUAGAGAGCGACAGAACGAGGGAGUCGAGUCCCAAAGGGAGAUGGAAACACAGGGACGGAAAAAGGGCUGACGAUCCAUAAAGACACCGGCUGGCGCUCCCCGGAUGUGGCAGGCUGAUUUACACCCGUACACUCCCCACAUGCACGCACGGUCACACCAAUCAACUAACACUACAAACACCCUCCCAUCCAAAAUGCAUACGAAGACACUGUGGCUGCAGCAGAGUGAAGAACAGUGAUCUUGAGAGGAACAAUGAAACGCCAGAUCGAUUUUUAAAACAGAAGGGUUGAGCAGCUUGCUUUCAGAUAUAGGUGGUCCCUCAUUGUGCAGCCGUCUUGGUUGAGGCGUCCUGUUACGCCUCGGCCCGCUGGUUGAAUCUGCUCGAGCUCAAGAGUGAAACCCACCAAGAAUAUUUGGAGUGCAAUCAAUCACAACCCCUCCCUGCGUGAGUGGAUGCUAGAUUUAUAUUUUAAAUGUGUCUGUAGAUAACAGAGGAUUAUGAGUAUUUGAGGGUGAAUGAGCGUGAGUGUCUGCAGGAACGAGGCUGUGUCCAUUUGUAGGUAAAUGUAGGACGAUGCAGAGCGGAAUAUCGUGGCGGCUUCCACGUCUCCUGGAGGGGACGAGGUUAUGUUGCGUCCUCGCUCUGUGUGGCUGUGAUUGGUCUUGUUUUUUACCUCACCACCGGUAGGGCUCUGUCCUCACUGCAGCUCCUGUCGUCAGGAUCGUGUGUGUUCCUCUAUAGCUCUUUAUCAUCUUAAGUCUUAUAAUGACAUAUAUACAGACUGGUCACUGUAUCACAAAUUUGUAGCAAAAAUAAGUGCCCAGACCAACUACAUGGAAAAAAUAAAAGAAAGAAAUACACCGAUAUGCACACACAGGCACCCGAGUUACUACUAUAACCUGCCUGCAUGCAUACACCAACAUGUAGACACACACAUACACACAAGCCCCUACCUGGGCUUGUGUUAGAAUUUAUGGGACACCUUAUAUAUAGACACAAUAUACAUUUGGAUCGGAGAUGUACAAAGAGGAGACAGACUGUUCAACUGUUAGACGGGGACACGCGUGACAAUGUGAAGAGGAAAAUCUCCCAGAGGAUUUUAUCUACCAGGAACAGACUUCCUCAGCGUCCGGGCAACUGUUGUGCACCCAGUCAGACCUUCUGCCCGGGGGAGGCUGGAAAGGAGAGGGGAGGGGAAGAGGACAAACUGCCAUUUUCUUGCUCUUUCCCAUCCAAUCCCCCCUGCUCCUUCCAGGAGUGGCCCCCUCUCUCUCUCUCUCUCUCUCUCGACUAAAUCCAGGAGGAAACCCUGGCCCAACGGAUAUCUGAGAGAACCGCUUAUAUCGAAUUUUAAUACUAUGAUUGUUCUUACAAUUUUUAAACUUUAAAUGAAAAUACUGGAAUACCGAUAUGAAGAGAUUUAUUGUUACUAUUUAUCAUUACUAUCAUCGUCCUUACUGUUAUUGCAGCUGCAGAGAGUUCCUGGUUCUUGCCUUCGGAGGCUGAGGUGGCGCUCUUGUGCAGCCAGUGCUUUUUCUGACUGUGGUGAAGAUAAUCGCAUUGGUUAUAUAUUUAAAUAUAUAUAUAUAUAUGUAUAUGUAGGUAUUUUUUAACUGAAAGAUUCAUACUAUUCCGUGCACUGUUCCCUUAACAUUGCUUCUAUGUGACAAGAAGCAUUGCAACUUAAAUGUGAAGCACAUUUUCAACAUCUUUCCUUCCUUCCUGUUGUGAAGCUUUAUUUAAAAUGACCCGUUGACUUCUAAGGCCUCAAAACGUGAAUUUUCUCCCUUUUUAAAACUUAGUUGCCACUUUAAUAUUAUUAUGCAGAUGCUAAAGGUGUAGCAACUGUUAAUGAUGGGAUGCCCAACAUUCACAAAAGUGCUUGAUCACUUUAUUCAAACACUUCCUAAUGAAUGAUUCUUUUUUUUCCUAAUAGUUCUGGAUAAAAGCUUCCCCUGCUCGCCAUCGAUCACACAUUUCAACCUUUUUAUCGUUUCCUCAUCCGCUUCACAGCACAUCUCCAUCCCAUCACAACCUCAGUCCUGCUUUUCUCACUGUUGCUGAGAUCAAAUAUAAGGGCUCUCUCAUGACCUCUCUACCUUGAACAACACUUCACCUCUCCUGCUGCUUCCGAGUCCUCGAACACAUAUCGUGCAUUUUACAUCGGGGGGGGGGGAUAAGAAGAUACAUGGGUUUUCAUAGAUCACGUGCACACACACACACACACACACACACAGGCUGUAAAUGUGAACGAGGUCAGUGAAAGGGAUUCAUUCAUGUGAUUUCUCCGUGCCGGUGGUUGAAGGAAGAUUAUAUUUGAAUGCAAGAGAAAUAGCAAUAAGGACGAUGAAAAUAAUGGUCAUCUAAUUAUGGUUUAAGAUAUAAAAAGAAGUCUCAAAAGUUCUAAAGAAUCUCUGUCUUCCAAAUAAUGUUUAACAUGAAAAGGUAAAGAUGUAUUUGUUUAACUGUUCUGCGUUCUAUACAGUUGGACCUGUUCUCUACAUCCGCCCCCUUCCACUGUUACACACCUGACAGCAUCACGAGGAGCUCCACUCUGUCUCCGCUCAUCAUUUGCAUCUUCUUGUCUGAACAUGAACCUUCUGCAGUCGCUGACAUGUGCCAGUGUGCUCUCAGCUCUUCAUUUAUUACCAGCAUAUUAUGCAAUGACCCUAUUUCCAUUAGCAACUGUGACUUUUUUGCAUUUUCCCUUUUAGAGGUUUUGAAAUGUCAGCUUGAAACAAAGGGGGAUCUUUCUGAAAAGGUAAAAUGAGCAGAAUGUGGCCGAAGUCAAUCUACAGCCAAGAUUCUGCUUGUUUUUCUAUCAGGUAUCUAAAACAGGUCGCUGGUGUAAAUAGGGCCGAUAAAUAACUUUGGAUAAGAACUUUUUGAAAAUAUCUCUUGCUGAUACAGUGAUGUUCUGUUGUUCAGUGGCUGGUGUUUUUGAUCAUUCCAUUGCCGCGUGCACUGGUUGUGAUGAAGAGUGACGGCUCGUUGCUGCUGUCAGGAGAAAAGUUUCAGAUGCAGGAAUCGGUCCGACUCCGUAGAAAGUGUUUCUUUUCCUUUAAGAGAUCUUUUUAAAAAAUGAGAAUAUGAGCUGAUGAAAGGUAACUUACAGAAUAUAUAUGUAUAUGUGAUAUGCAUAUACACACAUUCAUAUAACCAUAUAUGAAUUUCAAAUGUUUUAAGAGAUAAUAAAUUGUUAGAAUUAUAAUAAAGAUACAGAAACAAA